UGGCGGCUAGUUGGUAACCGUCAGGCGUCGCGUCUCGCGCGUACAGGAUAUCUUCCUCGGCUGUUAACAGUGGUGCGCAGGUCGUGUGGACGGACGGUUCGUUGUUGUCCUCUUCUAGCUACUGAAAGUGUUCAAGAAGCGCUACAGAGACUUGUUGUCGAGAGUUGUUCACCCAGGUCGGAUCAACUAUACCCCCAGCCCCAAGAGCCAGUGAUUGCAGUGGAUGAUCAAGUCAUGGCUCCAAGUGGAGGAGUUCUGGUGUUGCUUCUACUAAUUCCAGCCCACUGUUUUGCCCAAGAGAUUCUCCAUGCUCCCGAGAGUACAACUGUCUUUCUAAACCAACCGGCAGUUUUUACAUGUGAAACAACUGGUGGUAUAACUUCGUGGAGUGUCAAUGGAACACAACGAGAAAUCCUUUUACCUGAGAUACGUGUUGAUCUGGUUGUUUCAGAAAAAUACCACUCCUGAAGGUACUACAGUGCAGAAUCUGACCAUUCCAGCCAGAGCCCAGUACAAUGGAACUAGAAUUCAGUGUCAGUCAGGGUUAUUUGGUGGCUCCUCCGUGGAGAGUGACAACGCAACAUUGACCAUUCAAGGUAUUACGUCAGAAGUAGGUGAUUUGAGAACCAUUAGCAAUGCCAGCUCAGUGACCAUCUCAUGGAGUGCUCCAUUCUCUCUGAAUGUGACUGGUGUUGAUCCUGAUAUCUGGUACUCUGUCCUCAUCUACAAUGUGACAGAUGAGAAAACCCAACAGCCAUCCUCUGUACUGACUGUAUCAAUAUCACUGAGACACACUACACCUUCACUCCUGACUACCUCAGUCCUUGUCAUGUGUACAACUUCUCUGUCAUCCCUCUGAAUGGAGCUGGCCAGGGAGAGAGCAGUCCCUUUAUUACUGGAUAUGUUAUCAACUUGUCAGCACUUAUAGAGACUCACAUCCGAGCUAUCUCUAGGGAUGAGAACAAUGUUACGUUUACGAGUAAUCCCACCAGUGGAUUUUGUAGUAGCUGGAGAGUCACUCCUGAUGUAGAUGAUGAUGAUCUUGUCAUUGAAGAGCCACCAUCACCAGAAGGACCAGAUGUCACCUACCAACUCCGUGCUGACAAUAGAUAUUCAUUCCUGGUGUCCCUGUCUAAUACCACUAGUGGAGUAGCCCCCCUGCGGAUCAAUUUCACUACUUAUGAUGUCCAGAGUGCUGCCGCUGACACCACCAAGGGUACCAAUAAUAAGAUAAAUUUAAAUGGAGAGUUCAUUAAAGACACGACGGCUAAAGGGUGUUUCGUAGUUUUACAAUGUGAAUAUGGAAAUCCUGAUGUGUUCAUAGCCCUACUACUGCCUGAUGACUCCAGCACCUAUGUACAGAGUACUAUUCAUGACAUUUUAUCUUCAACGUACAAUAUGUUUGUCUAUGACCUUGAGGAAGAUGGACUGCCUGACAGCCAUCCUGCUGUUGAACAGAACACUACUGUCAAUGUUACGGGGAACGGUCCCAUCGCUGAUGCAGAAUCUGAAUUUAUAAACAAUGCCAGUUUGUACUGGAAUGGGUCAGCAGUGACUAUCACGUGUGAGUUCAAAGAAGGUAUAGAGGGAGCCUCAUGUGUCCUGGUCUAUCGAGAGUAUGGUAACAAGACACUACUGAUGAAGAAAUAUCACCAGAACACUGUCUUCCCUAAGACACUGACUGUUGGUGGAGAUCUUGAGAAAUACACAUUUGCUAUAUUUGGAAAGGAUGGUUCCAUAGUCGAUCAAAGACCAAUUAUAGCAGGAAGAAUGAAUGUUACCGAGACAACUACACCAACUAUUACCGAAGCAACAUUCUCUGAUGGAAGAGUAUCAUCAGUUGCUAUUGGAGUGUCAGCUACUGUAUUGUGUAUCAUCGUUAUUCUUGUCAUCUUGGCUGUAGUGUGCUGAUUUUGUGGAGGAAGUCACACAAAGGUGGUUACAGCUCCUCUGAUGUAGUUCCCAGUUGCUUUUGUUCUCCUUCCCCGAGUGAAUGCAGUAAUGCUAGUGUAGCCAGCGGUUCUCAACUGAUAUCAGAUGAUGGUGGAACCAAACCUAAAAAGGAUGGACCUGCUGAAGGAGAAGCCAAACCUCCAUUUAGUGGGAAGUCCUCGUACCAAAGACAGGACGGUGACGUAAGUGUGAGCACUCCUCCAGUGAUAUCCAAACAAAAGGGGGUAUACACCGAUGUGGAACUCCCAACAUCAGGAGUGCAACCCCCUAUCCCAGAGGACUCCAUAGUCCAGUACACGGAGGUUGACAUCAGAACUACUCAUAAAAUGGCCCUUUCUCAAUAUGCUGACCUGGGACCUCUUCCUACCAACAGGCCAAACCCCCCCAAGAUUGAGACCAAGACACAGUGUCCCUAUGUUGAUGUCCUACCUCACGCCACUACUCCUGACAAUGGCAACGGAGACAAGAAGAAUGCAGACAAGGCAACACCCAAAGGACCCCCCACAGUGGAGUCAGUGAUGUCACUGUUGUGGGGUGUGGCAGGUCGUUGGAAGGAGAUAGCAGAGGGUCUGGAGUUUGAUGAGGAUCUGAUUGAUGAGAUAGACACCAACAACGACACUGAUGAGGGCUGUCUGCAGGUGUGUGUGGGGAUGUGGGUCACCAAACUACAGCCAUCCUGGGAGAAACUGUCUCAUGUACUGAAGGAACUGGGGGAAGUGGAACUGGCCCGUCAGGUCGGGAGUGAAGAGUCUCAGCCACAAGUCAAGUCCUUUCAGUGCACUAGCAAGGGUGAUAGUGAGGUGGUGACUGGUACUCAUGGAAAUACACCGCCCCUCACUGACAGCAAUAUUGAUGGAAACAGAGGAGUCGAGAAAUUGAUGGCAGACGAGGAGCCAAAACCAGUUGUUCACCAAUCCUCUGCUCUGUCUGGUGAUGAGAAAGUUUAUUACUGCUAUACAAGUGUGGAGGAAGGUAUCAUACCAAGUCAAGAAUUGACUACUACCUUCUUCCACAAACCUAAGAGUCGCUACAUUCUUAAAGUGGAUGGUGCCUGUGUGGUUGUAGUCAACAUCAAUGCCCGUCCUGGUGAUAUUUCACUAUCAGUUACUGAGGGUUCAGUUAACAUGCAGCAAACAGAUCACUUCAGGCAGAGGUCUGUUGCCAGAUCUGAGCCGACCAGCAAACCGACUGAGCCUCAGCUAGAUUCAUCUCACCCUGGAUGUGGUGGUAGCUAUGAGGUUGUGAAUGGGGUGGAACGAGCAAUCCUACCUUUUGAUGACAAUGAUGGUGAAAACAGGGGAGCGAAGAGCACAAUGCCAAAUGGAUCUUCAACCUUACCCUAUCUGAACAACUUCACUGUGCAAGGGGGGAAAGAGUAUGAUAAAGCCCUAGCAGAAAGCCCUUUGACAACCAAAGGCAAGAGACAUCACACCUUUGACACUCCAAUGUUGGCACAUGGUGCUGGUAGUAUAUGUUUUGCUGAGGAAAACAUUUGUGUUCUUCCGGUGAAUAAUGAAGGAGAAGAAGAUUCUCAUCCCGACCCAACUGGAUCUUGGAGACAAGAGUCAGCAGACAACUCCUGCACUGUCCAGGGUGAUGCCAGGGAUAUGGUGCCAGAGGGUGAUGAAAUAAUUCCUUUCGCAAACAUCCCGCCUACCUUGCCACACAAAGAUGCAGGCAAAUGUGUGUGUCCUCCACUUGGCUUUGAAGCCAAAGAAGGAGAGCUUGUUGUGGGAGGCCUAAAUGAGAAGUCCAGCCUCCUCGACCCCAGUUCUGUUGAGCCAUCCCCAGUGGCGGUUCAGCCCCAGCCUGAGGAUUCCACUUCUCUCCAGUCUGAGAUCCAGCUACAAGAGAGUGGCCGUUCAUCUGAACUAGUCCCCAGACACCAAGGGAGAGAGAAUGACAUGACCAAACCCAUGAAGUGGCAAGACCACAACCAAGGGGUGCUGGUGAGGGGCUUGCAGAGGUUGGGAGUGCCUCUGUCCUGCAUUCUUUUGAUGACAGGCACCAAGAGCUGUUGUAAAGUACAUAUUCCUGAUGCCAGCUACAAAUAAACUAUUAAAUCUAAACAUACUAGAAUGUAGUUGUUAGAAUACCUAGUUGUUUUACCUAGCUAGUUGUCUUAAUGUUCUGUGUCACUGUAUUUUUAUAUGUGACAGGCUCUGCUGGGCACUGCACAUACCGUAAUUUUCUACAUAUG